AUGCGAACAUUCAAGCAAGAAUUAGGGAAUUUGUUCAGAUUUCUGAAGGGUGACUCUGUUAUUACAGUGCAGCUGACUGAGGAAGAUAAAAUUGAAGAUGAUGUAGUUUUUUACUUGGUCUUCACUGGGUCAACUGUCCAACACUGCACAAGCACGAGAAAGAUUAAUCCAGGGAGUCUGGAGACAAUUUCUCCUGGCCACGACUGCUGUGAGACAGUGAAGGUGGCACUUUGUGCCUCAAGAGAAGGUCAUCCUGUUCUGGUUGUGGCAGAAGAGAGUUUCCAGUUUGUCCAGGAUGAAGCCUACGACGCUGCCCAGUUUCUGGCCACCUGCGCCGGCAACCAGCAGGCACUAAAUUUCACCCGAUUCUUGGACCGGUCGAGACCACCCGCUGCCGACGUGGACUUUUUGGAUGAGAAAGUGGCUUUGGCAUUUCGACACCUGAAACUGCCGGCAGAAUGGAACGUGCUGGGAGCGGACCAGUCCCUGACCGGUGAGGACCUUUAG